CACUCAUAAUUUUUAAACCACUAAAGGAUGAAAUAUCAGCAAUAAAAUCUAUGAGAAAUAAAAACCCUGACAAUAAGACCGCAGCCAACAGAACACAUAAACAACUUUCAUGAAAGAACAUGGACAGCUACGAGACUGACGUUGUGUGUUAUAAGUGUCGUCUUCCGAAUGUGGGCUAUUUUUUUUUACGUGCAUAUUUUUCUGAAGCACACUGCUGCUUUCUGUUCUGAGGUGCUAGAGUAGUUUGUGCAGAUGUCAGAUGCUCUGUUUUCCAUUUGCGUGAAUACGUUUCACUUUAAAAGUGUCCAUUGACAUAUCUUGUAUGAUUGUGGUAUGAUAUGACUAGACUAGACCUAGACUUUAUCAGGUCUAAAUGGCCAUUAACAAAAAUAUUAAAAAAAUGUGCAAUUUGCACUGAAUGCAUGAUGAGGCUUACAGUGUAUGCAUAAUUGUUUUACAAAUUAUCUUAUUAAUUAUGAAAGAUUCAGAGGUCCUAUGCUGAGUAAAAUGACCGCAGGCUUUUGAUGCUUUAUCUAACUGGAUGCGCAUAUGAACCAUCUUUUGGGCGCUUUAAUAAUAUUGCAUGCAUUGUUAAUAUUGAAAUGUAAGCAUAUUCUAUUAAACACCUGAGUAAAUAUUCAUCAAAUAAAAUAUGUGCACAAUAAGAAUCCUAAUAUUGCUGUUUGGAUCCGCUUUACUUUGCGAAAUGGUGCCCCAGUAAAAACUUUCAUAAUUUUGAAACUAUGAUCUAUGUGGGGCCCAGUAGUGUACUCUAUGCAGAAGAAAAUAGAUUUCUUAAUGGUUCCAGAAAGACUCAUGUAUUCUCAGACUUCCUAUGUUGCACUGUACCCCACAGGACUUGGAGCCCCUGUGAUUUGUACCUUUGGAACCAUGACCGAAAUAGAAGUGAGGAUGAAUGCCUCAUUAAACGCCUCGUCUCUGCUAGAUAAUACAGAAAUAUUCUUUAGGGCUGGAGGGGCAGAAAUGGUGUCUGCCGUCUGUACGAGCCGUCCCCACACUCCAGAAAACACUUCCGAUUCCCACACUUGUGUAUCCCCUACGGAAGACAAAGUAAUGCUUCCUGUGGCGCUCGGAGUUUGCUUGUUACUUAUGGUGCUGCUAUUGGGGACAUGCUGCCUCUACAAGAAGAAGCAAAAGCAAGCAAAGACCAGCGAGAGAAGUGCCGAUGACAGGUGUGAGGAUCCCCAGGAGUUGGUGUACUGCCAGGUGCAAGUGGUCAAGAAAAAGGAACGCCCAAAAAAGCAGGAGCAGGACCCGCAGGUGACCUACGGUGAGGUGAAAGUGUCCGGCAAGUCUAAGGCCGCCAGACGCACACCCAACGAGCAGGCAGACACGAUAUACUCCGGCAUCCGCACGUAGGUCCGGCCAAUCACAGAGCGGUCUUACUCUGCCUGCACAAGCCUUUCGCUGAAGUUAGGCCGAGUAAUCAGAUGUCAAAAAUCCCAGGGAUUUUCAACAGGAAGUGCAGCAUUUCAGAGGAAAGACAUUUUUAGUAUUGAAUCUGCACAUCUCACAGUUUUUUCUUAGUUUGAGGAACUGUCAUUUUCCCCUCAGUCAGCUGUAUGGGAAGAUUAGUGUUAUGCAAAAUAGACAUUGUCUGUUAGUACCAGUUUUUUCCAUAUAAAAGUGGAAGGCUGAGAUCCACAGACAUUUGUAACAUUAAUAAGUUCUAAUCGUGUUCCAUUGAUUUAUAUGAUUUUCUAAUUAGAAACAAAAAGCAUACACCGGGAAAGUUGAUGACUAUAUGUGUUUACCCCAUAGUACCUUGUAAAAUACUGCAAACAUAACAAUCAUUUAUAGUAUAAGACUGAGUUUGAAAAGCACAAGGUGUGGGCGCAAGGAAUUGCGUGUUAUGCAUUCAAACUACAACGCGCUUCUCGUCACAUUAAUAGCGCUAAUUAAAUCAACCGGCAGUAAACUGCAUCGGAGAAAUUAGCUGUUUCAACUAGUCGCUACACGAAACGCUGCACAAAAAAAUUUAUUGCCAGUUAUUUCGGUGUCACCUCCCUCUGAUGGUGUCACCCUGUGCGGUCAGCACCCCCUGCACGCCUCUGAGCACAAGUACGUUUUGUAUGUAUUUGCCUUUAGCGCAAACUUUUUUUGUUAUUUAUUUGGACAGAACAAAUUAAAUAAUGAGGAACUGGUAGAUUGCAUUUAAAUUUUUGAUCUAUUUCUCUAUAACAUUCUUUUUUGCAUGUAUCUACAUUUUCAAUCAAAUGUUUACCUCAGAUAAGCAUAAGCAUGCUGUUAUUGCUAAAAUCUGUUUCAAAUAUAUAUAUAUAAUUAGCCGUUCCGGGAUGAUCCAUGCGUGUGGAGCAAAGAUUCACUUUGUAGUGAAAGGGCGACAAGGCGAAGCAGGGGAUUUGUGAAGAUUCCUAGAAUAAGGCUGUUUAAGGAAUGAAAGUCCUUCUUUUAAGUGGCCAUAAAGCAGAACUGCAGAAGAGAAGCAGAAAUAUCGACGCAGCCUGAAUUGUGCAAAAACUCCGUUUCCAACCUCAAGCGCGGACACCCACCGCACGCGUAGCGGCCGCGAGCGCACGACGCGCGUACUAAGCGCGUAAGACACGGAAGCGCAAAACAGGGAAGUGGUUUUAUAAAACUGGCAGGCUGAUACAAGUGUUAAAAGAGCUGCAUUUAGUUCGCCGGGGGUGGGGGAUUGUGGUUUGGCUGAAAGCUUUGGGCUGAGUUGCACAGAAGACCAUCUGCUGAAGACCAUCUAAAAUUGGAGAAACGGAUACAAAAAUCUUUACUGCUGAUUUUUAAAAUUAAUUAUUUUUUUAAAAUUGUUUACAUUUUUUUGGCCAGUUGGUGGCAGGGAAGAAAAAUCAAGGUUUUGCUUAUUAGCACCACAACUUUCUACAAUAUAAAGGACCUCAGCCUAGUCUGCUACGGUACGCAAAUAAACGCCGUUUGUGAGGUGGGUUCCGGUCUGGCGCUCCUGCAUCGAAGUCUUCCAUUUGAACGCCUCUCAGAUUCUGGUCAAGUCAAGUCAACACUUCGGGCUGAAGUGCACAGAAUUAACUUUAUGAGCUGGAAGAAGACAGCCAUUGCUGCAAAGCUGCUAAAGACCAUGUAAAAAUUGGAGAAAUUGAAAAAUUAUUAUUAUUAUUUUAAUUAUUUAUUUUAUUUUAUUUUUAAUUUUUUUUUUUUUUUACCGCAGACAGAGGUGCUGCCCACCAGACUUCGAGUUGCGUAGUGCUGCUUUACAUGAAUUGCUUUGAUGAUUUUUUAAAUUUUAAAUAUAAAACUUACUUUUUUUUUUCUUGGGCGGUAACUCCUUACCUUUGGAAUGAUUGAAAGGAAUAAUUGCGCUAAUGUUGAAACCCUACUAUAGAUAUAACCCUCUCCUAUCAGAACCCUGGUUUUAUAGUCUGAUUCGGUGAUUCGAGAUUAUUCGUUAUCACUCUGAUGUAGUUGAAUAAACGAGACAUGGAUGGAUUCACAGUAAAAAGUCCAGUGUUAAUUCAUCUCUAACAGUUUUUUUGAGUCCACUCUGGCCAUAUAUUGUAAACUCUGUAAGUCUGAUUUAGCAUUUCACUGCGGAAGAGUCAUCGGUUUGGACAACAGAAGAGACAAUGACAUUUAAGGCUGUUCUUGAGUGAUUGUAUUCAGCACUUGGUUUGUUAUACACUGAUUGAUAUAAUUCACUAUAAUGCGCCAAAGUAGAUGUGACACACGCUCAAUUCCAAUCCAUAAACAGAAGUAAAAGAUGGGUUAGCCAGAAUACUGAUACUAAUGAAUGCAUGUUCUGUAAUGGAUUAAACUUUCAUUUAUAUAUCACCACCCCCCCCCCCCCC